CUUGAGUGCUAUAUUCUGCGCUGAGUUUGGGAAAGUUCAAGUCCUUUUCCUGGGGAGAAAAUGUCCAGCCAAGUUGAGCACCCCGCUGGUGGAUACAAGAAACUCUUCGAGACUGUGGAGGAAUUGGCAACACCAAUAACUACUCAUGUCACAGGCAGAAUUCCCGUCUGGCUCCGAGGCAGUCUACUCAGAUGUGGGCCUGGUUUAUUUGAAGUCGGAUCAGAACAAUUUUAUCAUUUGUUUGAUGGCCAAGCCCUUCUUCACAAGUUUGAAAUUAAAGAGGGGCACGUUACUUAUUACAGGAGAUUUAUCCGGACCGACGCCUAUGUAAGAGCAAUGACUGAGAAAAGAGUAGUCAUAACAGAAUUUGGAACAUACGCUUAUCCAGAUCCAUGCAAGAAUAUAUUUUCCAGAUUUUUCACCUAUUUCCAAGGUGUGGAAGUCACUGACAAUGCCCUGGUUAAUGUGUACCCAGUGGGUGAAGAUUUUUAUGCCUGCACUGAGACAAAUUUCAUAACAAAAAUCAAUCCGGAUAAUUUGGAAACUCUUAAAAAGGUGGACAUCAGCAAAAUUGUUUCAGUUAAUGGGGUAACAGCCCAUCCCCACAUUGAAAAUGAUGGAACAGUUUAUAAUAUUGGCAACUGCUUUGGAAAGAAUUUUUCUCUUGCCUACAAUAUUGUACGAAUACCUCCCCUGCAAGCAGACAAGAAAGAUCCAAUGACUAAAUGUGAGGUGGUGGUCCAGUUUCCUUGCAGUGACAGAUUUAAGCCAUCUUAUGUGCACAGUUUUGGGCUGACUCCAAACUACAUCGUAUUUGUGGAAACUCCAGUAAAAAUUAACUUGCUCAAGUUUCUUUCUUCCUGGAGUCUUUGGGGAGCCAACUACAUGGACUGUUUCGAAUCAAAUGAAAGCAUGGGGGUCUGGAUGCAUGUAGCUGACAAGAAAAAGGGGAAGUACCUCAACAUCAAAUACAGGACUUCCCCCUUCAACCUCUUCCAUCAUAUUAAUACUUAUGAAGAGAAUGGGUUUCUGAUUGUGGAUCUGUGCACUUGGAAAGGGUACGAGUUUGUUUAUAAUUACUUAUAUUUAGCCAAUUUACGAGAUAACUGGGAAGAAUGGAGACAUGAAAUGGAGUUAAUGGUACAAGUUGUUAACAAAAAAGUCUUACAAUUCACUAAUCUCCUGUUUUGUUUUAUAGCUUUUGAGUUCCCACAAAUAAACUAUACAAAGUAUUCUGGGAAACCGUACACAUUUGCGUAUGGCCUGGGAUUGAAUCACUUUGUUCCAGACAGGCUUUGUAAGAUGAAUAUUAAAACUAGAGAAACCUGGGUAUGGCAAGAACCGGAUGCAUACCCCUCUGAACCAAUCUUUGUUUCUCAACCAGAUGCUCUAGAAGAGGAUGAUGGUGUUGUCCUGAGCAUUGUCAUUAGCCCUGGCAAUGGACCAAAGCCUGCAUAUCUUUUGAUCUUGAGUGCAAAGGAUAUGAGUGAAGUUGCUCGCGCAGAAGUGGACAUAAACAUCCCAGUUACUUUCCAUGGUCUUUUCAAAAAAGCAUGA